AUACUUCGGCUUUGAAAUCUGAUUGGUCAUCUUCUGACUAGUUCACUCGUUAAAGGUAGCCAUGCCAAUGACACAGGCGUAGACCGUCAAGCUCGAUAAUGCAUUUUGCUUUGGUCCUAAUAGUUGCUGUUGGAGUACACGGAGUCGCCGCUGAGGACGAGUGCGUUCGCAUUAUACGUGAGUAUCAUGAAGACGAAUAUGAAGAGUUAGCAGCGGAACCCAUGAAAAAUCCAGGAUUCCACCGCUACGGAUAUAUGCUGCCAUGUGGAGGCAUUGUUACUUCUGUCGAGGCUCGCGGGUUUUGUGGCAGACCCGAAAAUGUUGAAAUGCGAUUGACAAGUGGUGUAAGAGGAACAAAGUAUAGUUAUCAUGAUGUGACUAGUCGAAUAUUAUUGCCCGCAACGUGCAACAAAACCGCGAUGGUUGGCAAUAAUUACGAAGGGUACGUCAGCGCCACCGGUCUAAACAUCACUGUCCCUCGCAGUGGUACUCUGGCGAUGCACUUGAACCUGGAAUGUUCAAUUGGUGAGGCAAAGUGUUACUUUCAGCCAGCAGUUAUUAAUGAAACCAGCAAAUAUGAUGUCGUUUCUGCUGAUAGCCACUUGGUAUGGUCUCACACAAUAUGUCUCUCUCCUCUUCUCUGCAAACAUUACAGAGUUGGCAGAUGGGAAUAAGAAGGGAGUGGAAAGUAAAGAGAUGUCCUGUAUGUGAUGAUUGGAGUACUCUGUUUCCUGCUGCUGUGUGCACUGGUGUUGUUACUGUCUCUGUUGAUCAUAAGGCAAGGUUCUGAUAAAAGAGGCACCAAAAUGAACCACUAAAUGUGGAGAGAUCCUACUAUGACUAUGUCAGAGAUUACUAUGUCAGAAAGUCGGGCAAUGAAACACCUCAAGCCUCAGCUGAGGGACUCUAUGAGUUCAGCAGAGACCAUGACAUGCCAUUCUGGGAGCCAGCCAGUGUGGAAGAGGAGCUCAAGAAACAACUCACAGAAUACACCAUCUCACCUGAUGGCCUCACACUUUCCAGUGAGCUGGGUAAUGGUGAGUUUGGUGUGGUGAGGAGGGGAGUGUGGAGUGUGGGGGGAGAGGAGAGGGAGGUGGCUGUCAAGUUACUGGCAGAUGGCUCCACAGAGGAGAAACGUAUUCAGUUCCUGCAGGAGGUAGUCAUCAUGGGCCAAUUCAAACAUCCCAAUGUCAUCACUCUCCAUGGGGUUCUUCUGGAGAGCAAACAAGUGAUGAUUGUAGUUGAGCUGAUGAAGGGUGGUAACCUUCUGGACCACCUUUGCUCCUUUAAAUCCGGGGCUCCACACACUGCUGCAUUACUGCUGAGUUUCUGUCGUCAGAUUGCCUCAGGAAUGGCCUACUUGUCUGGGAAGGGGUUCAUACACAGAGACCUGGCAGCCAGGAACAUACUGGUCUCUCAUGAGGAAAUGUGCAAGAUUGCUGACUUUGGCAUGUCCCGAGCUCUGCAAGACACUGACUACUAUGUCUCUCGUGGAGGGAAAAUCCCUGUGAAAUGGACAGCUCCAGAGGCUCUCCACUACAAGAAGUACUCGACUGCCAGUGACGUGUGGAGCUUUGGAGUUCUCAUGUAUGAAAUAUGGUCUCUGGGAGCUUCACCCUACUUUCUCAUGACCAAUAAUGAGGUUUAUGAUAAAAUCCAGUCAGGAUAUCGUCUCCCUCCCCCACCUGGAUGUCCUAGAGCUGUCUAUCAGACUAUGAUCGGUUGUUGGCACCCGGAGCCACACUCCAGGCCCACAUUCCCCGACAUCCAAACAGUGCUCCAGCGUCCAGACUUCAAGUUGCUGACAUGGACGGCAGAGGAUGUGGCUGCCUACACUGAAGAGGCCAGAACACUGGGAGCUCCUCUGGAGGCUGGAGAGGAACUCUACACUGACAUUCAAAACUGUUACAUGUUAAAGUAAACUUUAGGCAUUUUAUUUUGUCUCUCGCCAAAACAAAUACUGUCCCACUUAGAGUUUUCAAUCACACCUUGGACUCACACGCAUUGCAAAAUAAACACAUGCCAUGAUGCUAAACUGUUUGUCAUUACUGAAAGUAAGUUCAAUAUAUAUGUCCAUUA